AUGCCAGAUGAAUUUGAAGAACUCAAGAGGGGUGUCUGGGAAACGAUCUUUAAGGGAGUCUCUACAGCCCUUGGGGAUCUCAAGGCGAACAUUCAGAUGAGCGUUACCCGUAGCGGGUUCGGCCUUGCAGAAAUCCUCUCCUAUUGCAAUCUUUUGCCAAGGGUUUCGGAUCCACAUCGUGCAGAGUAA